GAUUUGGUUGCUGCUUAUGACAAAAACGACGAAACAAACAAACAAUGUUAGGAAAGACAAUCCACUCACGUUACUAAUCUAAUGUACGCUUUGAUCUUAUCUCUUACAAAUAAAAAGCACAGAUCUUCAUCUGAUUUCGGGAGAAACUUUGUUAAAAGCUAUGGCGAAGAAGAUUGGAGUGACGAUGGAAGUCGGAAACGAUGGUGUUGCUGUGAUCACCAUUUCGAAUCCUCCUGUUAACUCUCUGGCCAGCCCAAUUAUUUCUGGGUUGAAGGAGAAGUUUCAAGACGCGAAUCAGAGGAGCGAUAUCAAGGCCAUCGUCUUGACAGGCAACGGUGGAAGGUUCUCGGGUGGUUUCGACAUCAAUGUUUUCCAGCAAGUUCAUAAGACUGGGGAUAUAUCACUUAUGCCUGAAGUAUCCAUUGAUCUUGUGUGCAACCUUAUGGAAGACUCUAGGAAGCCGCUUGUUGCUGCAGUUGAAGGAUUAGCUCUUGGUGGUGGUUUAGAACUGGCUAUGGCGUGUCAUGCUCGAGUUGCUGCCCCGAAAGCUCAGCUAGGCUUACCAGAGCUGACACUUGGAGUUAUUCCAGGUUUUGGAGGAACACAACGUCUUCCAAGAUUAGUAGGCCUUGCAAAAGCAACUGAUAUGAUCCUGCUUUCCAAGUCGAUAUCAUCAGAGGAGGGGCAGAAGUUCGGUCUCGUUGAUGCUCUGGUGCCGUCUGGAGAAUUGUUGAGCACUUCCAGAAAGUGGGCUCUUGACAUUGCACUUGGACGUAAACCCUUUUUACGUUCACUGCACAGGACCGACAAGAUUGGUUCUUUAUCUGAAGCUCGUGCUAUACUGAAGGAUACUAGACAGCUAGCCAAGAAGAUAGCUCCGAAUAUGCCUCAGCACCAUGCUUGCAUUGAUGUCAUUGAAGAAGGAAUCGUCCAUGGAGGAUAUAGUGGCGUUCUCAAGGAAGCAGAAGUUUUCAAGCAGUUAGUAAUGUCAGACACUGCAAAGGCUCUUGUUCAUGUUUUCUUCGCACAGCGUGCAACAUCAAAGGUGCCUAAUGUAACUGACGUUGGAUUGAAACCGAGACCGAUGAAGAAAGUUGCAGUUAUUGGUGGAGGUCUGAUGGGUUCUGGCAUCGCCACCGCUCUACUUCUAAGCAAUACAAGAGUUGUGCUCAAAGAAAUUAAUCCAGAUUACCUCCAGAAAGGACUAAAAUCAGUUGAAGCAAAUCUCAAAAGCUUGGUAUCUAGGGGAAAACUGACACAAGACAAAGCAGGAAAGGCCCUCUCGUUGCUCAAGGGGGUACUCGAUUACUCAGAAUUCAAAGAUGUGGACAUGGUUAUAGAGGCAGUGAUUGAAAACAUUCAGUUGAAACAAAAGAUAUUCAAAGAAAUCGAAGAGGUCUGUCCACCACAUUGCAUCUUGGCGAGCAACACAUCUACUAUCGACCUCAACGUAAUUGGAGAAAAAACUAACUCAAAAGAUCGCAUAGUUGGUGCACAUUUCUUCAGCCCGGCACAUAUCAUGACUCUUCUUGAGAUUGUUCGUACAGAGAAUACUUCUGCUCAGGUGAUCCUGGAUCUCAUGUCGCUUGGAAAGGCCAUAAAGAAAGUUCCAGUGGUGGUUGGAAACUGCAUAGGCUUUGCAGUGAACAGGACAUUCUUUCCGUAUACACAAGGUGCUCAUAUGUUGGUCAAUCUAGGUGUUGACUUGUUCAGAGUCGACAGGGUUAUCACCUCUUUUGGCUUGCCACUGGGUCCUUUCCAGCUAGGUGAUCUGGCUGGACAUGGGAUUGGAAUGGCAGUUAAGGAGAUAUAUGCCAAGGCCUAUGGUGACCGCAUGUUCAGAUCUCCACUGACCGAGCUUCUGGUUAAGAGCGGGCGAAAUGGCAAAAUCAACGGGAGAGGAUACUAUAUUUAUGAGAAGGGAAGCAAACCAAAACCUGAUUCAUCAGUGCUUUCAGUUGUUGAGGAAUCGAGGAAACUUACCAAUAUCAUGCCCGGUGAGAAGCCUAUAUCAGUAACUGAUAAAGAGAUUGUUGAGAUGAUCUUGUUCCCUGUGGUUAACGAGGCGUGCCGUGUCCUGGAUGAAGGAGUUGUGAUCCGAGCCUCAGACUUGGACGUUGCCUCUGUCCUUGGAAUGAGUUUUCCUUCUUACCGCGGAGGAAUUAUUUUCUGGGCAGACACGGUUGGACCUAAGUACAUAUAUGAAAGGCUCAAGAGAUUGUCCGAGACUUAUGGAGGCUUUUUCAAACCUUCGAGGUAUCUGGAGGAAAGGGCAAUGAAUGGAAUGCGUCUGAGUGAACCUAAGGCGUCAUCGAGGUCUCGAAUGUGAAUGCACAAGAAGGGAGCUUAAAAGUAAUCGUCAAAUAAACGUUUGAAAUAAGUUUAUGGAGAGGUUGAAAGUGUUAAUCACUAAAUGAGAGAAUAAAUCAGUUUAGUGUUAAUCACUAAAUGAGAGAAUAAAUCAGUUUCUCUCUUUACUUCAAAGCAACGGUUACUAAGCUGUUUUGUUUUAAACACACACUUAUUAUGUUCUUAAUAAAAUGCUUGUAGCGACUCCA